UUUUGAAUUCCCGCAUUUCCCCCCGGUACCUCCGACCUCUUUCGCCAUUUCCAUUAUCUCUUCUUCCUUCUCCUCUCUUCAUAGUGUUGUCUGAUUUUCUGCCCGUGUACUGUGUAGAAUUCACCUUCUUCCUUUCACCCCCCCCCACUUCUCUCUUUUCUCCCCACGUUUCAAAAAGACUAUUUUUCUUUCUCUGGGGGGUUCUAUCAUACUCCUGUAUCAGACAUGUCAGCAAGCAUUGAGCAGCAGCGCAACCAGAGAAGUGUUCAACAGCAUGAAGAAGCCGAAGAGGUUCAACAUGGACCUUUCCCUGUUGAACAGCUUCAGGCAUCAGGCAUAGCUGCCUUAGACAUUAAGAAGCUUAAAGAUGCAGGUAUUUGCACUGUUGAAUCUGUUGCUUACACUCCUAGGAAGGAUCUGUUGCAAAUUAAAGGUAUCAGUGAGGCUAAAGUUGACAAGAUUAUUGAAGCAGCUACUAAGUUGGUGCCUAUGGGUUUUACUAGUGCGAGCCAGCUCCAUGCUCAGCGGAUGGAGAUCAUCCAGAUAACAACUGGAUCAAGAGAGCUUGACAAGAUAUUGGAAGGAGGAAUUGAAACAGGUUCUAUCACUGAGUUGUAUGGUGAAUUUCGAUGUGGGAAGACUCAGUUAUGUCACACUCUCUGUGUCACUUGCCAGUUGCCCCUGGAUCAAGGAGGUGGUGAGGGCAAAGCUAUGUACAUCGAUGCUGAGGGUACAUUUAGGCCUCAACGACUCUUACAGAUAGCUGAUAGGUUUGGAUUGAAUGGGGCUGAUGUAUUGGAAAAUGUUGCUUAUGCUAGAGCGUACAACACAGAUCAUCAAUCACGCCUUUUGCUUGAAGCAGCAUCAAUGAUGGUGGAAACAAGGUUUGCUGUAAUGAUAGUAGACAGUGCUACUGCUCUCUAUAGGACAGAUUUCUCCGGAAGGGGGGAGCUUUCAGCUCGGCAAAUGCACCUAGCGAAGUUCCUUAGGAGCCUUCAAAAGAUAGCAGAUGAGUUUGGUGUGGCUGUUGUCAUAACAAACCAAGUAGUUUCACAAGUAGACGGUUCUGCAGUCUUUGCUGGGCCUCAAAUCAAGCCUAUUGGAGGCAACAUUAUGGCUCAUGCCACCACUACAAGGCUAGCUCUGAGGAAAGGAAGAGGAGAAGAGCGCAUCUGUAAAGUGAUAAGUUCUCCUUGUUUAGCUGAAGGUGAAGCCAGGUUUCAGAUCUGUGGCGAAGGAGUUUCAGAUGUUAAAGACUGACAAAUGUUACCAAGGUUUUUUUUCUUCUUUUUUUGGAAAGGAAAAAAGGGGGGGGGGGGGUGUUGAUAUUCAUGGGUAUUUCAAUGUCAAAUUUUGCAGUAUAGCUGUCUGGUGGCUGCUAUUUCAGUUUGAAAGUUGGUGAAUGUUUUUGUGAUAUCUUUCAUAAAUUCGUUGCUGUGAUGUGAUGGUCAUGAAGAUAGAAAUUUGUGUGAAUUGAAGUGUAGGAAUUGUAAUGUUCAAUGUUAGCUAGACCAGCAAAGUAUGGAUUACGCUUUGUGCACAUUGCGUUUCUUACAUGUACGGAAACGGGACACUAGUGAGAUACAAAAUUAUAUAUUUGAUAGAUGAAAUGCGAAAGAAAUAUUAAAUUAAUAUAUUUUAUAAUUUUUCUGACAAAAAAGAU